AUCCAUCCAUCCACAGUAGGCUGGUGCCUAUUUUGCCAGUUUGCCUCCCUGUCCUGUAGAUGGCGGUAAAGCAUUUUUAGUUACCUUGAUUCGCUCAGGAAACCGGAAGUGGAGGCAGGGGCUUGUGGAGGGCUGCUAGCAUCACCGUUACCAUGGGCGCUAACCUGGUCAGGCGGUACGUGACCCAAACGGACACCGAGCCGGACCCUGCCAAGAAGUUCGAGUUCGACCCUGAUUUCGGCUUCGGGGAGAGGAAAGAGAGAGAGAUGAUUGCGUCCCAGGAACAGAUGAACUUGGCCCAGCUGCCUGUUGGCCAGAGAGAUUACUGUGCACACCACCUUCUGAAGCUCAUGAAGUGUAAGAGGGACAACUGGCCCAACUUCCUGGCCUGCAAACAUGAGAGGCACGACUGGGACUACUGUGAGCACCAAGAUUAUGUGAUGCGUAUGAAGGAGUACGAGAGGGAGAGGAGGCUCCAGCUGAGGAAGAAGAGGAUUGAGGCCAAAGCAGAAGCUGCAUGAUCAGGAAACCAUCUGGUUGUACUUCUUUGUAUAUACAUCUGCUGUUGUCCACAUUAAACAAUAUAGAUCAA